AACUUCACCGAGCUUAGAACGCCAUCGUGUAGAACUUCAUCCAGUAGAACGCCAUCCUUUGGAAAGUCAUCAUGUAGAACCUCAUCCGGUAGAACGUCAUCGUGUAGAACGUCAUCAUGUAGAACGUCAUCGUGUAGUACGUCAUCCAUUAGAACGCCAUCCUUUAGAACGUCAUUGUGUAGAACGUCAUCGUGUAGAACGCCAUCCUUUAGAACGUCAUUGUGUAGAACGUCAUCCUUUGGAACUUCAUCGUGUAGAACUUCAUCCAGUAGAACGCCAUCCUUUGGAAAGUCAUCAUGUAGAACCUCAUCCAGUAGAACGUCAUCAUGUAGAACUUCAUCCAGUAGAACGUUAUCGUGUAGAACGUCAUCCAGUAGAAGGCAUUACAGCUACAUCAGGGUCCGUCUGAUUCCGUCGCUCUGCAUCAUGGGUAAAGUGGAGUGAAAACUUCUAGAGCUUAAAGGAGCCACGACAAAGCGACUUUUGAGUUAUUUGAGUAACUUUCAAACAUUUCAGUAAUUUCAGACUCGUGACGUCACACGCCGAGUUUCAACGACUGAAGAGAUUCAGUAUUGAAGCGUGUUUAUUCACUCACAGUCGUUCUUCUGAGACUCGCUCGCUGCUCCGAGACUGACACUCGCUCAGCCUUCCGAGAAGCGAUUGGUUGUUUGAGAUUCGCACGUCUUUCUGAGAUUCAUUGCCUGUCCGAGACUCGCUCACCUUUGAGAUUCAUCGCAUGUCUGAGACUCAUUCACUCACCUGUCUGAGACUUGCUGACCACUCCGAGACUCGCUCGUCCGCUCUGAGACUCACGGCUCUGAGACUUGUUCACCCGCUCUGAGACUCGCUCCUCUGAGACUCGCUCGCCGCUCUGAGACUCGCCCGCUCUGAGACUCACCUCCUCUGAGACUCACCUCCUCUGAGACUCGCCCGCUCUGAGACUCACUCCUCUGAGACUCGCCCGCUCUGAGACUCACCUCCUCUGAGACUCGCCCGCUCUGAGACUCACUCCUCUGAGACUCGCCCGCUCUGAGACUCACCUCCUCUGAGACUCGCCCGCUCUGAGACUCGCCCGCUCUGAGACUUGCCCGCUCUGAGACUCACUCCUCUGAGACUCGCCCGCUCUGAGACUCGCCCGCUCUGAGUUUCCGUGCUGCCUGAAAAGCUGCCCACAUUUUAGUAAACUUGUGAACACUAAUCCUCAUCGAAUGCCACAUCUUAUGAGUUUUUUUUUAAUUUUUAAACUUCGUAUCCUCACCCAGUUUACUAAUGCAAUAAAAAAAAAUAUGCAAAAAACUUGAUGUCAUGAUUUUAUGGAUAUGAGCGCAUGCUGAAGACCGUUUCUCUUUUACGAUGUGAGAAAGAUGUAAAA